AUGGCCGCCAUCCGCUCCCUCUACGCGUCUGCGCGUCGAGUUCCCCUGCAAGCCACGCCUCGAACCAUCCAGAUCCACCCGAUCCGGACCUCUCUGAGGCAUCUCAACACCGACACAGCCCCGGUUCUCUACUCCGCCCACGCCAAAGUUGUUGGCGCUCGCACCGGCCACGUCGAAGGCGAUGACUUGAAUGUCGAUCUCACAAUGGCCAAAGCUCUAGGCGGGGCGGGGGACAAGGGCAAAACAAACCCAGAAGAGCUAUUCGCUGCGGGAUAUGGCGCCUGCUUUCAGUCUGCCAUGAACGUCUCGGCAAUAAGCCUCAAGGUUCAGAUGCCAGAGAAGAAGGAGGACAGCAUCGUGGAAACAACAGUGCAUCUCGUGGGGGAUAUGAAGAAGCUAGACAUGGGGAUCAGGGUCGAUAUGAAAGUCAGCGUAAAAGGGCUGAACAAGACGGAUCUGGAAAAGGUGAUUGAAAAGGCAAAAGAAGUGUGCCCUUAUUCACGAGCCACCCGAGGGAAUGUCACCACGAAUAUAGAGGUCGUCCAGUUGUAG